AGAUUAAAGUACCUGGAGCCAGUUUCAACCCGUUAAUCUACAUACCACCUGCCCUGUAUGUAUGUAUGUAGAGGAAAGAUGUGGCUAGUACAGGAAAAUUCUCACAUGCAAAGAAAAUAUAAUGCAGCAAGCCAAAAAAAGACCCCAUUGUGGGGCAUCUAGGCACUUCAACUGAGGAAAGAAAGAUCUAUGCUACGGAGAAAAGAAUUUCCCAGGGAGACCAUGCCUCUACCUAUUUCUCUAGCUGGAGGAGUUGGAGGAUGCAGAGUUCCUGAGGAUGAUCCUGAAGGGGCUUGACUCCCUUGGAAAAAGGAGCACACUGACUCCUGUAAUCCAUAUUACGUAACCUUUCCUAGGAAGAAACAGACCUUUAGGCUGCUGAACUAAGACACAAGGCAGAAGAAACUUAAGACCUCCCCUCCUAUGAAGGUCAUUGUAACAUGAGUCCCCAAAGAGCCACGGAGUCAGCUCCUGCCCUGCCUACCAUUUGUAAGUGCUGAUUUCUAGCACGGACUACUCAGGGAAAGGGAUUGGCUGAGGACCUGGAGAAGGGGGCGUCACCACCUCUCUGACCAAGGAUUAAAUAGGGGUUCUGGCAAGUAGGCAAGAUGCUCUGGGAAACCACUCUUUCCUGGGCUCCUUGAACCCUACCUACCAUGACACAAACUCUGAAGCUUGCCUCCAGGGUGUUUCAUCGAAUGCACUGGCCUCCCAUGCUGGCCACCUCUCUGGGUUCCCGAGGCUCCGACUCAGCACCUGGCAGUUUGGCAGACAUCCCAGGGCCCUCCACACCUACCUUCCUGGCUGAACUUUUCUGCAAAAGGGGGCUGUCCAAGCUACAUGAGCUGCAGGUGCAGGGCGCCGCUCGCUUCGGCCCCAUUUGGCUGGCCAGCUUCGGGACAUUGCGCACGGUGUACGUGGCUGACCCUGCCCUCAUCGAGCAGCUGCUGCGCCAGGAGGGGUCUCGGCCGGAGCGCUGUGGCUUCUCAUCCUGGACUGAGCACCGUCGCCGCCACCACCGUGCUUGUGGACUGCUCACCGCGGAAGGCGAAGAAUGGCAAAGGCUGCGCAGUCUCCUGGCCCCUCUCCUCCUCCGUCCUCAAGCGGCUGCUGGCUAUGCGGGGACCCUCAGCAACGUGGUCCGUGACCUUGUAGGACGAUUGAGGCGACAGCGGGGACGCGGCACCGGUCCGCCCGCCCUGGUGCGGGACGUCGCGGGAGAGUUUUACAAGUUUGGCCUGGAAGGCAUAGCCGCCGUGCUGCUGGGUUCGCGCCUGGGCUGCCUGGAGGAUGAAGUACCUGCAGACACGGAGACCUUCAUCCGCGCAGUGGGCUCUGUGUUUGUGUCCACGCUGUUGACCAUGGCCAUGCCCAGCUGGCUGCAUCACCUUGUGCCUGGACCCUGGGCCCGUCUCUGCAGAGACUGGGACCAGAUGUUUGCCUUUGCCCAGCAGCACGUGGAGAGGCGAGAGGCUGAGGUAGCCAUGAGGAAUCAGGGCAAGCCGGCCAAAGACAGGCUGUCUGGGUCUCAUCUGACACAUUUCCUUUUUGGGGAGAAACUGCCAACCCAGUCUAUCGUGGGGAAUGUGACAGAGCUGCUGCUAGCUGGAGUGGACACGGUGUCCAACACGCUCUCCUGGGCUCUGUACGAGCUCUCCCGACACCCUGAAGUCCAGUCAGCGCUCUACACUGAGAUCACAGCCGCCCUGGGCCCUGGCUUCUGUGCUCAUCUGGAAGCCACCGCUCUGUCCAAGCUACCUCUAUUGAAGGCUGUGGUCAAGGAAGUGCUAAGAUUGUACCCUGUGGUACCUGGAAAUUCCCGUGUGCCAGACAAAGAUAUUCACGUGGGAGGUUAUAUUAUCCCCAAAAAGACGCUGGUAUCUUUAUGUCAUUAUGCCACUUCAAGGGACCCUGUUCAGUUUCCAGAGCCAAAUUCUUUCUGUCCAGCUCGCUGGAUGGGAGAAGGCCCAGCCCCCCACCCAUUUGCAUCUCUUCCCUUUGGCUUUGGCAAACGAAGCUGCAUAGGGAGACGUCUGGCAGAGCUUGAGCUGCAAAUGGCAUUGGCCCAGAUCUUGACACAUUUUGAGGUGCUGCCUGAGCCAGGUGCUCCCCCAAUCAGACCUAUGACACGCACUGUCCUGGUACCUGAAAGAAGCAUCAAUCUACAGUUUGUGGACAGAUAGUCCUGUGAAAGGAAGCUGUCAUCAUCACCUCUCAUCUCAGGGCUUUAUUAGCUGCAAGACCAUUAGAUACACCUUCCCCCUGAGACCUGUCUAUCUGAAAAAACUGGAUAGAAAAACUAUAGCAAAGUGCAGGAAGCAGCCCUGACCCAUAUGGGAAAGUAUGCACUUGUUCGGACUUACAGAUUCAGAGAGAACCAUGCUGCCUUCACCUGCUCAGUACUUCUGUCAUACCUUCAAGGAUCCAACUCAGAUUUGAAUGCAUCCUUCAAGGGCCAUUCAGAUGCCAACUAAUAAUGCUGGCUGGCCUGAGCAAUGAUUCUGUCAUGGCAACUGUGAUGCUUCCACAGUGUUUAUUGAUGCUGGCUAAGCACUUAUCACGGCAUGACCUAGGUAAUUGUGCAGCUGGUCUGCCCCCAGUUCUGCCUUGUAAGCGUGUAAGCUCUUGGAGAGGAAAGAUAAGGCCUAUUUCAUCUAUUUUUUUUUUCUGAGACAAGGUCUCACUAUGAAGCCCUGCCUGGCCUUGAACUCUUGAUCCUCCUGCCUCACCUCUGAUAGCUUUACAGGCAUAUGCCACUAUACUUGAGCCUAUUGGAACUUUCAUUCCACUAGAACUUUAUAUAUGAGAUUCUUAUACACAUUUUCAGACUGCAUCUGGACCAUGUGGCAGAAAGGAUGGGCAGCUUACAAUGCUCCUCCUCCCCUAUCCUUCAUCUUGUUCCAUGGUGAAUAUGCCUGGCUUAGGAUGGGUGCGUGUGUGUGUGUGUGUGUGUGUGUGUACAAGCACAUGUGUUCGCAAACUAGUA